AUGCCUCACCCGACCGGCCAGACAUGGCUCCAGAAGCUGGACGAGCAAUUGAAUGUCGACGUUGACUGGAUGGACCCAACAUACAGCAAGAAUCUGCAGAUCACACCCAAUGACCAGACAAGCAACAACCUCUGGGUGAACCAGCAGAUGUCGCAUCCGGACAACAAGGAGAUGUUCCAGAAAGUCUGCGACGGGUUGAAGGGUGACUGGAAAGCCGCCUAUACCAAGAUCGCGGUUUUGAUGUGCAAGGAAAACAUUGGCAACAUCAAAGGAAGGGUCCUGCUCCAAGUGUACCCAAAUGAGGCCUACGACCACCAAGCCGUGUUGGAUUCUGCUCGUGCCUACGCCCGGGAGUUUGAGCGUGCCGGCAUUCCCCAGGAGCGGUAUUGCAUCAAGAUCCCAUCCGUUGGUCCUGCCCUCAGCGCUUGCCCAACUCUGAAGAAGGAAGGGAUCGCCACCCUUGGUACAGCUCUGUUCAGUCUUCCGCAGGCCAUCGCGGCAAGCCAAGGAGAGUGCCUGUACAUCAGCCCUUACUUCAACGAGGUGAAGGCGCAUGAUGAUCCCGACAAGCUCUGGCCCAACGUUGAGGAUCCGGCAACGCAGCACACCAUGAGUGCUAGGACCAUGCAAAUUCUUGAGACCUACGCAAGGCUGUACGAGGAGACCGACAAGCAGCAGCCCCUUUUGAAGCAAGCAAGCUUCAUCACCGCAAAGGAAGCCAUGGCCGCGGGCGAGCACGGCUGCCACAGCGCAACAAUCUCCCCACAGGUCCUCGACGAGCUCGCCAGCCUGCAGUAUGAUGGCUCCAAGCAGCCAGGCGAAGGCAAGCCGAAGCCAGCAAACGUGUACGCCGGAUACAAGACACCUGAGCGAUUGGUCAAAGUCUCGAAGAUUGAUCCUUUGAAGGCAGCCGAUAUGGACCAAAAGCUUGCCAGCACCGACAUCGACUACCUCGCCAACAACGGUGCGGAGCUCGACAAGGCCAUUGCUGCCGACCCUAUAGCUACCCAGCGCCUGAAAGAUGCGCUUGAGCUCUUCACUGGUGGUCUGUUGGAGAGCAAGGCCAAGAUUGAGAAGGCCUUUGCCGAGAUCUGA